CUUUUUUAAUAUAUUUAAUUUCUUUCCAAUCUUUAAUACAUUUUUCUUCCUUUAAAUUCAAUCCUCAGAUCUUGCAAAUAUCACACACAUCAAAACACAUCUUUUCUCAAUUCUCAUAAAAUUUAUAACCUUCUCUUUUAUUAUUUUUCUAGCUUAGUGUUCAAUUUUUGUAGCUCUUUUUCUCACUAUUUUGCAGCUUCAAUGGCUACUCAGGAGGUUAAUAAACCUCAAUCACUUCCUCCAUACCCUGAGAUGAUAAUGAAAGCACUUGAAGCACUUCAUGAACCAAACGGAUCAAACAAAUCAUCAAUAACAAACUACAUAGAAUCAACCUAUGGUGAAUUACCAGAAGGCCAUUCAAAUCUCGUUUCACAUCAUCUAAACCAAUUGAAAGAAAGUGGUGAGCUUGUGUUUUCGAAGAACAACUACAUGAAACCUGAUCCAAACGCACCACCAAAGAGAGGACGUGGAAGACCCCCUAAACCUAAAGAUCCAUUGGCCCCACUUGCCACAACUGUUUUGUCCCCACCAAGACCUAGAGGUCGUCCUCCAAAGGACCCUAAUGCAUCACCUAAACCUAAGGUUUCUUCUGGAAGUGGUAGGCCAAGAGGUAGACCUAAGAAGAUUGCAAGGACUGAGGAUUCUGUUUCUGUUUCAGCUUCAGCUUCAGCUUCAGGUGCUUCUUCUGUUGCUGAUGUUGGUGUUUCAGGUGGUACUUCUGUUGCUGCUGUUCCUGUUGCUCCAAGUGGGAAACCAAGAGGUAGGCCUCCUAAGGUGAAACCUCAAAUGACAGAAGUCAGUGUUGAAUCAUAAAUUGGGGGGUGUGAAACUGAAUAGUGAUGGUGAAGUAGUGGUGAUGUGUAGAAGUGGGUGUGGUCUUUAAUUAGAUUAUUAUUGUUAUGUGUCAAUUAAUAUAAUUGCAUUGUAAAAUCCAUUUAGUGGUAGUUUUAGUUUUAUGAGAAGAGUUUGUUGUUGUUUUUUUUUUUUUUUUUUUUUUUUUUUUUUAAUUUUCUAAUUGUCAAUGAGGACAAUGACUUUGGGCUUAAAUGAUGAUUAAUGAUAUUGUUUCUUAUU